CCGCUAAAGCACGGAAGAAGGCGCACACACAGCAGCUUCUCCAGCUCCGGGCGGUUGCAAAACAUACUGACAGCAUCAUGGCCACAACCUUGUUUGGCAGUGUGUUCCUUCUGCUGGCCUUUAGGCUAGCUUUGACUUUUGGUCACAAUCCUAGGACACCAGACAGAGUUUCUGAAGCUGAUAUUCAAAGACUUCUCCAUGGGGUUAUGGAGCAACUGGGCAUUGCCAGACCCCGAGUUGAAUACCCUGCCCACCAAGCAACAAAUCUGGUUGGUCCACAGAGUAUUGAAGGUGGUGCACAUGAAGGUCUGCAACACUUGGGUCCAUAUGGAAAUAUACCCAAUAUUGUUGCUGAGUUAACUGGUGACAACAUACCUAAAGAUUUCAGUGAAGAUCAAGGAUAUCCUGACCCUCCAAAUCCUUGCCCAGUUGGAAAAACAGUUGAUGAUGGAUGUCUCGAAAACACACCUGACACAGCACAAUUCAGCAAAGAAUUCCAGCUUCACCAGCACCUGUUUGAUCCAGAGCAUGACUAUCCCAGCAUGGGCAAAUGG